CUGGAGGCUGUUCGUUUCCAUCUUCUUGUAAUGCUACUGGAUAGCAGACUAAUGCGUUGGUGCUCCGGUUUGCAACAGCAGCAAGCACUGAAGAUGACUGACGUGUUUGCAGCGAGGAUCUCUGCAGACUUGGUGCAGCUGGGUGCUCAGCCCUGCUUAUUGUUUUUAUGGAUAGCCGUUCCGAGGGAGGAGACUUGAGCGGUAGAAUGGCCUUUGUGGUGGUGAUGGUGAAGACCUUUAAGUUCAACAUCUGGAAAACUGCAAGACUUUCAUUUGCUUUUAGUUGCAACAGUCAUUUUCGGGCAGUCAAACAUUUUUUGGCUCAGGAGAAGGAGCCAUCGCAAUCUUCAUCACCUGCGGGGUUCGGGAAUGAAGGACAUUCACAGCACCACGGCAGCCACCAGCUUCCAGUAUCGGGACUUGGGGAUGCUGCUGCACGAGUGAUCCCCAAAUCACAUCCUCCUCCCAAAAGCUAUAAAGGCCUCGCCCCUCAGAAGAAUUUGCGGUGGCAGUGGAAGUCUAGAAAGAGCAGCACUGAGCAGGCUGCAUCUUCCAGUGAGGAAUUUAGGAACCUGAGAGAGGAUGACUUUUCAAAACAGCAGAAAAGACCAGUGCCAAAGCCUAUGUCCAUUGAAAGGACCAAAGGUUCGGAGAUCUUGUUUGGCAUUGCGCCCUGCUCCCUGGCUUUCUCGCAGUCAAAGAGGGACUUUUUCCAGUUGUUCCUCAAGUCGGACAGCAGCUGCGCACGGCCUGUGAUGGAAGAGUUUGCCCAACAAGCUAAGGCCUGCGGGGUCCCCGUGCACCAUGUCAGAAGGCAGGUGCUGGAUGCUCUUUGCAAAGGUCGAGUCCACCAGGGAGUUUGCUUAGAAGCCACUCCUCUCCAUCUUAGCAGCUUGGAAGAAGCUGAAGCUUCCCAGGUUGGUCUGGGCACACAGCUGAUUUGGCUGGUGCUGGAGCAGAUACAGGAUCCUAUGAAUCUGGGUGCAGUGCUGCGUUCUGCAUACUUCUUAGGAGUUGACAGAGUGGUGACCAGCCAAAAGGACAGCUGCCCCCUUACUCCUACGGUGAGCAAAGCAAGCUCUGGAGCCAUGGAAGUUUUGGAGGUAUACAGCACAGAUAAUCUCCAGAGAUUUCUGAAGGCUAAAACUGAAGAAGGCUGGGAAGUCAUAGGAACAGUCAGCAAAUCUGAGGUCGAGGAUAAGGUCCCCGUCAUCAGCUGCUUAGAGUUUCACUGGAAUAAACCCACUGUUUUAGUAUUAGGUGGUGCCCACUAUGCAUUUUUGCAUUUGUGGAGGAAAGAAAGAUUCUAGAGACUUAGAAGCAAACAAAAUCCAUCCUUGUUAACAUCAGGAGAGGCGAAUAAAGCCAUUUCUUUAUUCUUGUCAUAUAGGUAGGUAUAUAUAUUUUUCUAUGUACUAACUGAUUUUUGGAUGUAAUUAGUUGGCAAGGGGAGGCACAUUUUUAGGUUUGAUUUGAUCCUGUAUGUAUGCUGAGAAAUGACUUGUAAUUUCAAGUCUAAGAAUAGUAAAGCAAAGCUACACAUUAACAAAGAGGCGGUUGUAAAUAACGUCAAUAUGUUUGAUAAUUAUUUUGCCCAUUUCCUGAAGGUUCCAAAAGUACUUUGCACACACUACACCUACAGCAGUUCUGUUACGAGUGGAGACUGAUGGGAACUUUUGGAACAUUACGUUGUUGUAUUCUCCUCCUGUUGUUAUUGUUUAUUGCCACCCAGCUCCUGUCUGUUGUGAAGUCCCAAUCCUGACUUCCUGAUAUCACAACAUGCUGCUGUGUAAACAGUGGCUUUCCACUCUCAUAGAAGGAAGAAAUGCAUUUGGAAGUGAGAGGAUAUGGAGGUCAGAAUGUGAGAAUUUAGAGCCAAAUCUUGCCGGUCUUACCCUUAGAAGUCAGCCAUGCCUACUCACAUGCGGAAGCCUAGCAGAAGUUGGCUUUAAGUUUGUGAAGAGCUUAGAGGUGGAGAAAGACCUAUUAGGUCUCCCUGGCCAGUGCAUAAUUGUUCUCUGUUGUAUGUACAGUUGCAAGUGCUUUGUUCAAUCUUGUUUUUAAAUGUGCCAAGCAGAGAGGUUUCCACCACUUCUCUUGGUAGAUUAUUCCAUAGGUUUUAUAGAUCUCACUAUUAGUUUGCACGUGCAUAUCAGAAAUAAGAAACUGUAGUUGUUUAUCUUGUAGUUUAAUUGCAUUUACCAAAAGGGAUGUCAGACUCCUUGCCUUCUUCUCUAUUUUUUCUCAUUCUUGUGCUCUCACUCUUUUAGGUAAUCUGAUUUGGCAACAGAGGAUCAAAGGACGAGGGCUGGCCGUGGCGUAUAGUGUACAUUUCAUGGUAGCAACAUUGUUUUUUAAUAUUUUUAAUGAGUCUGUGUUUUAAUGCGCUGCUGGAUCUCUAUGGAAAUACAGCUGGUGUGCUAGUGACCACAUUAGGUCUAAUGCAGACAUAGGGUAGGGGUAUGAAUUGACACUCAUGUGUACACAGGCAUGAUUCACAUUGCCAGCUCCACAGCUGCACUGAGUACUUAGAAUUGCAUAUCUGUUCCUGUAUUUAUAUAUGCUGAAUUAAAGGUAUUGUAAGCGUA